AAAUUUGCUCUCAUUGUUAUGGAAUAUUCAAUCUCUCCUUUUCACAACAUGUAUUUGCUUGCAUGUGAAGGUAAAUAUCCAGACAAGACCUCUCCAAAGAAACUUACUACCCUUAGUGAUUCAAGCCCCAAGAUCGAAAAUGACCAAUUAAGUUGGAGCAGACCUGCAAACGAGCCUAGACGUGCUGUUCAUGACAUCUUGUCCAUUCUCAAACAACCAAUUCAAAAAAAGGUUGUCAAAAUGGACAAACUAAUUCAGGUAAAGGUGGAGGACUGCCUUGAAUCACACUCUUCGCAUGUUCCUUCUGAUGUCAAGGGUCGUAAAACGGAGUACGCUGAGGAGUGCAGUCGAAGUUCACCGGACGAACUGAGAGGAAAAGCCUCAGAACCUGAAGAUGUUAAAGUCUUUGUUGCAGCUGAUGAGAAGUGCACAGUUUCAGGAUACGAGACUACUGCAUCGGACGGUGUGGGCCAAAAGCCCAUUGAAUCAGCUACUCUCAGCCGAUCAAACGAAAACGAGGAGCCUGAAAAUUCCCCUGAAAUUGGUUCGUGUGAAGACCAGUUACUUCCAUUACCUUCACACCAUUUGCCUGAUUGUUUCUGAUGUUUUAAUAUAUUGU